CAAAUCUCGAGACAUCUCUUUUCAGCUUCCAUCUAUGGGUCUUCCCACCAGACAUCUGCUCUCUUGUACAGCAGUCCUUUCCUUCCAGACUGCUAGUAGCAGGAGCAAUGUCCGUGUUUGCUUGCUUCACCGUGACCGCCAAUCAUGUUACCAAAACUGCCUAGCUCUCUCUACGAGGCGCGUACGAAUGACUGCUUUUUUCCUUUUUCCUUCUCUCACGACACGGCUUGGAUUUCGGUUAACUUAAGCGUGGUGCCUUAUUUUCCCGGUUUCAAUCUACAUGGUAUAGUGUAUAGUGUAUAGCGUACAAGCAUCA